AUGAACGGGAGGUCGCUAACGGCCUACCCAGGCUCAGCACCCAUUUUCACACCCGGAAAGGAGCCUCUCCCUCCAGGUUUCACCGAAGAAGACCGUGCCCAACUUGCGCAGCAACGAAAAUGGGAGGGCUACGCCGCAAUGGCCAUGGAAUCUUGCGCGGUUAAGACCGUCCUCGCGGGGGGUGCAGGCUUCGGUAUCGGUGCUUUCUUCUCGUUGAUGUCUGCUUCAUUCGCCUAUGAAGACCCUUUGCUUCGGCAACAGACGCAGGCCGGAAUGAAGGCCCACCAAAAGGCCAGAGAGGUCAUGAAAGAGAUGGGACGCGGGAUGUGGUCCAGUGGGAAAGGCUUCGGAAAAGUCGGUGCAUUGUUUGCUGGUAUAGAGUGUGUCAUAGAAUCGUACCGUGCCAAAAAUGAUAUAUACAACUCAGUGUCGUCCGGGUUCCUCGCUGGUGGUGUACUAGCCAGAAACUCGGGCCCAAAGGCGGCGUUUGGAGGCGGGCUUGCCUUCGCUGCAUUCUCCGCCAUUAUUGACUUGGCAUUCCUUCGAAGAGAAACACCGGAGUGA